ACAAGCAUUAAGCACUGUGGGCCUGAGGUAGUGUGAUCAUCUAGAGGAGGCGGCUGAGAUUCUUCAGGAUUUUUUCACAGCGGUCAUUGUUCUGUGACAGAAAAUCUGUUGGUUGUGCAAGAACACAGGAGAAGAUCUUUUUUCUUGAUUUAUUUAUUUUGAUUAGCUGGGUGAGUUAGCGUGACCAGAGCCCAGUAUCAUGGAGAAAUUCAAAGCAGCCAUGGUCUUGGGUGCUGUCGGUGAUGCUUUGGGCUACAGAAAGGGCAGCUGGGAGGGCUGCACAUCGGGCAAGAAGUUCCAGGAGGAACUGGCCUCUCUCGGGGGACUGGGGACCCUGAAACUGGACCCUGAUAAUUGGCCCCUCAGUGAUGCUACACUGAUGCACAUGACCACAGCAGAAGCUCUGAUAACAGAUUACUGGUGUCUAGAGGACCUGUACCGAGAGCUGGUGCGUCUCUAUGUUGACGCCAUGGUGUGUCUCCAGGGCAGAGCUCCUGAUCCUGCCACAGUGGAAGGCUGCGUUUACCUCAAACCUCACAACUUCCUGCUUGCCUGGCACACACCCUUCAAUGAAAAAGGGUCUGGGUUCGGGGCAGCAGCUAAGGCAAUGUGUGUUGGUAUGAGAUACUGGCAGCCUGAGAGACUGGACAACCUGGUGGAGGUCAGCAUCGAGACGGGCAGAAUGACACACAACCACCCCACAGGCUUCCUCGGCUCCAUGACAACGGCACUGUUCGCAUCUUAUGCGAUUCAGGGGAAAUCUCUGGUGACUUGGGGUCGAGAGCUCAUGAAGGUCAUCCCUCGGGCUGAGGAAUACUGCAGGAAGACCAUACGACACAUGAGUGAGUAUCAGGAAAACUGGUUCUAUUUUGAGGCCAAGUGGCAGUUUUACCUUGAAGAGAGAGAAAUAGACCAGGAAGGACAGAAUAAACCCUUGUUCCCUGAUUACUAUGAUGCUGAGGAGACAGACAAGAUGUACAAACGAUGGAGUUCGGAGGGCUGUGCAGGCCGCAGAGGUCAUGAUGCCCCCAUGAUAGCCUACGAUGCUCUUCUGGCUGCAGGCAGUGACUGGACUGAACUGUGUAAGCGAGGAAUGUUCCACGGAGGUGAGAGAGAAGCCACAGGCCUGAUCGCAGGUUGUCUCUAUGGCCUCAUGCACGGCCUGAACCAGGUUCCUCCAGGUCUGUACCAGGAUUUGGACAAACGAGUGCGUCUGGAGGAGCUGGGAGAGGCGCUUCACAAGGCGGCCUCUGCAGAGAAAUGCAUAGACAAGUAAUCCUAUUCUUCACUGGUCUGAUUCCCACUUGCUGUCAAGGGAACUGCAUCUGAAUCUAAAACUGCUUCCCUUAUGCCCCACACUACCCCUCUCUGUAUAGUUCUCUUUGGUAAUGCUUCAAUAGCCCUAACUGGAUUACUGUCCUCUGCUCACCUACUGUAUCUUGAACUCUUUUCCUUAAUUUGGUGCUCCACAAGCUGCAAAUCUGACAUGAAUGUGAACUGCUAGAUCAUCUUUCCCUUUCUUCAUCUUGAGUCUGUUUAUGACAGAGAAUAAGACACAGUUCACACACAGUGUAAGGCCACCACGCUAAACUUGAAAGCAACACAAUGUAGGAUUUCAACCUUCAAAGAUUGUCUCAAAGGAAGCAAUAAAGUUACACGGGUGCAACUAUUAAUUAAGUGGAUGUCAUGGCAGAGGCUGCACAAAAACCAAAGAGGGUUAAGGAGAGUAAUAGAAUAAGAGAAGAUAUCGGUCCAGCUUUCACUCGCUGCUAGCAGAGGGCUACUCAACCUAGAGCAGGCUAGUCAAUGUGCAUACAAUGAACAAUAGAUUUUAUGAAAACACUAGCUACGCAAACUAUAGCACUGUGGGACUUUUUUAUGUUUUUUUUGGGGUUAGUUUUGUUUCUAAUAUCUUGAAAAAUAAAACACUGUUUUCAUAUUUGUAUAAAAUGCUAUAACAUAGUACCUGUUCUGAAGACAUGGUUGACUUCUAAUGAAGACAUUAGAAGUCCAGCUUCAGACUUCACAGAUAUUGUUGGCUCUUCAACAAAUGCACAUGUUACCAUGGCAUAUACUUUAUGACGGUUGUAACAAACAAUACCAUUUAAUAACUGUGGGGGGAACCCAAGAGCAAAUCCUACAUUGUGCUACUUCAACUAUGGGAGGAUAAUACCACUUUUUGUGGUAUCUUUUAACAAUAUUAUUGUAAUUACCUCAUUUAAUCACCUUAGCUGCAGACAUUUGCAGCCCUCACUUACAUCCACGUCACAUUACAGUGGUGGUGUUGGUGUAUCUGUUUUUACAGCAAGUGGCCUGUACUUAUUGAGGCAUUUCAGUCAUGUGUUUAUUAUUUUGCCUUAUCUUUUUCCAAUAUCCAAUACAGUGAUUUUGGCCAAUAUCAGACCAAUACAGAUAUUGAGUAUUGCAAAGGUUCAUACCUAAUGUAAGUGACACAAUUAAAAGGAAAGAAAACUCUUAAAACAUUUAACCAAGAAAUGUUUUCCCUCUUUUCCUUAUCUUUCUCUAAAGCUAACUUCUAUUAACAGCACAAAGUUAUGUUGCAUCUUGUAAUAAUUUAUAAGUAUUUGUGCGAAUAUUGUCUAUUGUGACACUCUGCAAUGCAUACUUUAUUUCCUGCUUUUAUCUAAAUAUAUUAAUUGAAUCAAAGGUGCUUUAUGAAAUAAUAGUUUGCAGUGUAUGUUAUCCUUAGUUUUUCCAGUGAGAAAUGUGUUUAUUUUUUUUACUUUUAACUGUUACACAUACCAGAACUGAGUAACAGAGUAACAGUUAUGUUUUGUUACUAUUUGUUACUGUUUGCACUGUGAUAUCAGGUACAGGUCACAUGGUGAAACAUUAAUAUUACAAUGGCAAUUAAAAUGGACUGAGAUAUGCA